UCUAAUCCUCAAGGGAGUACAAAGUACCAGCGUAAAUCAACCUCAAACUCCAGAUCGCCGACUGGUGGAAUGGUCUUUAUUAUUUCCGGACAUCAAAAGCAAGAUGAGCAUCUUCUGACCUAUCUUUUUGAUAGAGAGCCAAACAAUGGCCAGGCGGUUUACCCUUCCAAUUUCCACGAGUACAUUCGCGGCACAGCCAACGCCCAUCCGGCACUGGAUCCAUCCCGUCUUCCAUUUGAGGUAAACAGUCAAGCUACAUUUGCGCUCAUGCGGAUAGAGCUUCGUCAUUACGUCGUCGCGUGUGGACCAGCGGAAAGAGGAGGAUUCUGCGAGUUGUCAAGAACAGCGGUUUGCCUACUAUACCGUCGCAUCUGGUUCAGACGGGUGACUGUGGCACAAGAAGAGAAUAGGAAAUUAUGGGGUCGCGUGUGCGAUGAGAACUGCAUCUACCUUCCUAACCGUAGCGCAAUCCCGUCUCUGGUUGUAUCUCGAUGUGCCAGGGAAUCCCACGAGUACUUCGAGCAUCGAUCACCUCGCAGUUCACGGCAAACACAGCUUCCAUUCGUGUCGCCGUCGCUCAAAUUUGUCGAGUUUCCUAUUCUUGCCGCCGAGCAUGGUUGCCCCAGGCUCUUGAUCACACUUCUAGUCAUUCUUGAUGCUGUAAACGUCACAGUGGCAUCGCAGCCAGUCGCCCAAAUACCUAAUCUAUAGCCCGACCUACCUGGGUAUACAGUACGUUAUGCGCGAGCUUCCCUACACCGUUCCAGGCGCCACGAGCCUUGGACUCGUGGCUCGCCAUCCUGGAGAUAAUCUGGGGCGGUCGCGCAAUCUAUCUCCCGGUGGUGCAAGGCUCUUUUCCCUGAUUGGGCGUGUUCCUUGAAUGACCUCGAGCCACCAGCAACCCCUGUCGACCUCUCGAAACGCUCUCCAGUGUGACAUCAACAACAACGUUACGUCUAUAGCAAGGUCGAAGUG